UCAAAAUUUUCUCGAAUAAUUCAACCCAACACCAAAAUAAGAAAAUACUUUCUUUUGUUUUAGAAAAAAAAAAAAUAAUACAAAAAUAAAAUUAAUAAAGGUUUACAAGUGAGAUGCUAAGACAAACGUGCGGAUGGACAGAUUGACGGAUGGGCAUGGCUACAGUGAGAUUUAUUUGGUCAUUUCGGUAUAUUUGUUGGAUUAAAAAACAGCAAAGUGCUCAUUUGAAACAUUUUAAGAAACAAAUAAAUGCAAAAUAAUCAUCGCGUUACUAUCAUUGAAACGGAUAUCACUCAAAAUACCUAAAAUAUGCAUUCAAGACUUUGUGUGAAAAGUUCAAUGUCGAUGUGUCGAACAAUAUCUGUGCCGAUAAUUAACUCGGAUUCACUGCUCGAGAAUCAGACUGUUGCAAACAGUUUCGUAUGAAUUAUAUAAAAUGAUAAAAACCUAUUCAGUAUGGACUAAGGUGAACACUUACCUAUACUUACAAAUCGAUAUUUACUAAGGCCGUUGAAUCCUGUUGGCUUUGAGCGCCUUGACGUCGAUUCGCAAUGCAUUUUCAGUAUUCCAUUAUAAGCUAUAAGAAUUCAUUACAAUCGCAAUGAUAAAGAAAUUAAAAACAAAACUCCGCCUAAAUGAAGAAUGAAGAAACAAAAUGUCCGCACGAUAUCUUUGAUCGUGUGCACAUUUACAUAUUUACUAGUUGGUGCUGCAGUAUUUGACUCACUCGAAUCGGAAACGGAAAAGCGGCGCUGGGAAGCACUGCAAGCUGUCGAAGAUAUGAUAAUACGAAAAUACAAUAUUACCCAAGAGGAUUUCAAAGUGAUGGAGACUGUUGUGCUCAAAUCAGAACCACAUAAGGCUGGCCAACAAUGGAAGUUUACUGGUGCGUUUUAUUAUGCCACAACAGUGUUGACCACCAUCGGUUACGGCCACUCAACGCCAAGCACAAUCGGUGGCAAACUCUUCACAAUGUGCUAUGCGAUUGUGGGAAUACCACUGGGUCUUGUGAUGUUCCAAAGUAUUGGAGAAAGAGUGAAUAGACUGAGCAGCUAUGUUAUACAAGCAGUGAAGAAGUCACUACGUUGUAAACGAACUGCAGCUUCUGAAGUAGAUUUAAUAUGCGUUGUGACAACGCUGAGCUCUCUAACGAUAGCUGGUGGUGCUGCAGCCUUUUCACGCUACGAAGGUUGGAGCUAUUUCGAUUCAGUAUAUUACUGUUUUAUUACUUUAACUACAAUAGGUUUUGGAGAUAUGGUUGCUUUACAAAAGGAUAAUGCACUUAAUAACAAACCGCAAUACGUAAUGUUCGCACUGAUAUUCAUAUUGUUCGGUUUAGCAAUUGUUGCCGCCUCGCUGAAUUUGCUAGUGUUGCGGUUUGUUACAAUGAAUACGGAGGACGAGCGAAGGGACGAAGCUCAAGCCAUGCAGGCUCUACAAGUUGCCGUUAAAUUGGAGGGCGACGUCAUUACAGCCAAUGGAUCCAUCUUAAGUGGAUACGAGGGCCAUGAGGUUCAGUCAAAUAGUAGUUUAUCAACUACAUCCAUGUGUUCAUGUAGCUGUGCACGUUUUAGUGCAAAUCGUCAUAAAAAGCAACAAUUUAAAGCGCGUCGUUCGCCCUCGCACAUACGUCAUUUAUUGCCGGAAGUUGUACCGAUGCAGGAUCUAAGUUACGACACACACAGCCUGAAUACGGACGGACUCGAUAUCGUGGAUACAUCCUCAGGCUCGCCUUCGAAACCGCACAGACAAUUACUCAAACGCAAUGUCUCACUACUCUCUUUUCGUAUUUAAAAUACAAUUGCUAUUAAUUCAAGUUAUUUAAGUAUCAAAAGUCUUAUGUAGUUAUAUAUACAUAUAUAUAGGUAUGCUUAAAUACAAUAAUUUAUAAUUCGCUGGUAAAUAAAGCUUUUCAAAUCGUAUUAUUGUAUACUAAGUCCAUGUGUGUGUGCACAGAUGCAUACAUGCGUAUGUAUGUAUGUGUGUGGUGUACAUACACAUUUAUGAAUGGUCGUUGAGGCGACCUUAAUUUAUUGUAGAAUUUACUAUUAUAAAAUAUGGUAGUCUCUUGAUUUUUUCUUGUUUGCAAAUAUGUAUGUAUGUAAAUAGAUUCGAAAAAUUAUAUGAAAUAAUUUAUUACUUAGUAGGUAGAUAGGUAUUAAAGCUUAGCGAACGCCUAUCCAUUUAUAGAAUAUCUUCGCGUAAUAUACAAAUAGUAUUUGAGCUUGUUACAGUCGUUUAAUUCAAAUCCCUUUUAUUUAUCUCCUAGGUCCAAACCAAAAAUCGGUUUUUACGCUUUUCCAUACCAGCCACGAUCCAUAUAUACGAGGCUCGUUUGAAGCAUCCGUGCAAAAAUAAUAACUACUUAAUUGUUUGCGGCUGCCAUAGCAGAAUGGCUUGGUGCGUGACUAUCAUUCGGGAGUUCGUAGGGUCGAAACUCCGUGCAUGAAACAGCAAAAUGAAAAAUAAUUUUUUAAUAGCGUUUGCCCUUCGGCAGGCAAUGGUAAACUUCCGAGCGUGUUUCUGCCACGAAAAAGCUUCUCAUAAAAAACCAUUUGAUGUUCGGAGUUGCCUUAAAACUUUCAUUUCAUUUGUGGAACAAUAUAAAGUCUCACGCCACAAAUAGGAGGAGGAGCUCGGCCAAACGUCUAAUAGAAGUGUAUGAGCCAAUUAUUUAUUUAUUUUAAACAUUUUUUUAAUUUUUGGGCAUGCGCUCCUUUAAAGUUUAUACACUUCUUUUAAUGUUGUUUUAGUUUCUCGAUCCCUUCCGAAUAAUAGGAUUUGUCCAAGUCUGAAAAAUAGCCAUUCGUUUCUGCAAUCACUUACACGAUGGAAUAAAAUCUUGUUUCCGCCAGCCAUUUCUUCAAAUUGGGGAACAAAUAAUAGUUCGAGGGGGUCAAGUUAGGAAAAUAAGGGGAUGGUGUGUGCUGGCAAGAUGAAAAAGGGAAAUCACGACUUCCUCGAUUCAAACGGAGCUAAACACAAAGAAAUAUACCGAUCUGACUCAAACUUGAUGUGUUCUUCCAAGAGAUGCUACUAACGAAACGUAAUCUCGAUGCCAGUAGUGCCAUCUCUCUCACUUUGCGCUGACUUUUCAAACGAACCAGAAUGUUAACAAAACAGAUCACUUUGAUCACACCUCGUACUUCAUUGCUUUUUAGUAUUGCAUAUAUAUAAGUGAUUUAUUUUCAUUUAUAAAAAAUCACAAAAUGUAAAUUUUUUUUCAGUUGAGCUACCUCGUAUUAAAUAAAAACAAAAAUAAAGCGAAUAAAAUACAAAAUAAUGAGCUUAGGCGUCACAUGAUUUCGUUUUGUUCAGAAUAAUUUGUUCCAUUUCAUCAUCGCUGUCAGGUGAAGAACAUUCCAUUAGCCAUUGUAUUGUUGUGGCGAUCACAGCUUUCUUCAUAUUUUCCUUGCUUUCGUCUAUCCAUGGAUAUCUUACGAUUGUCAACUUAGUUAAUAGCAUCGAAGUACAAGUGUAGUACUCCAAAGAUACCUUCAAUGCUUUCGAUUUGUAUUUCGGAAACUGCAGUAACGGUGACUGGCGGCUGUGGUUCAUUGGCCGAUUUCAAUUUAAUAUUUUAAAUAAACUUAAUAAAGUUUAUCUAAAAUAUAUUUACUUAUAUUCUCCAUUUUAAUCACCAUUUUUAUUUACAUUUAGAGCUUUGACUCAAUUCGCAAAAUUGAAUUCGUGUUUAUUUUUACUUUGCCAUCAGCUGUUUUUUUCACUUGCAAAUUCGUACAAGUAAAAAUUUAUCCAAUAAAAACUUGCAACUUACCCUCAAAAUGAAAUGCCAUUUUGCUCACUCACUUUCCCCUACAUUGCAAGUUUUUAGGAUACAUGAACAGCAAAACUCGAUAGUUUGUAACAAUUGUUACACAUUAUUUGUUUCAUGACAAAAUUGAAGUCAUGAUCAAUCAGCUGAUUAUAGAAUUUGUGCGAGAUACAGAUCUGCAUUUUACAUGUUGCGCAUUUUAUGAAAUCUUAUAUACCAGAUAUAUAGUACAUUUAACUAAAACAUCGCAUAAAUCGGUUUAGUGUUAAAAUAUCGUCAGAUAAAUUAAGACUGGUCCAAAUUGAUCUAAGUGAAAAUUUUUCAAACCUGUUGAGUAACAAAAGCACCGUGAAAGUCUUGGCCGCAUUAUAACAUAAAUUAUAAUCAUAUAACACAAAUGUAACUGAUAGGCUGAUUUCAUGUUAAUUAUACUCAUAAGGUUGCUUCGGAUAUAAAUUUGUAGAAGAGCAUAAAUGAAAGAAGCGCAUUAUAUUAUAUAAUUACUACAAAAGCACUCGAUAAAAGCAAUUGAAAAACCAAUAAAUGGACUUGCAAUUAAGCGGAUUUUACUGAAUUUCCGCUGGUAGUAGAUGAUAAGAGAUUAAAACUUUUCCACUUCAUCACCUAGUUAAUGGAAAUUAUUCUUACAUUUAUACAAUUAUUGGUCAUCUUUUUUUAAAUCAAAGUUUUAAUAAUAUGGUGUUAACACGUAGUAUAUAAGUAUGAAUGAAUGAGUUUUCUCAAGGCUUGGUUUGUUCUUUUAUCAAUCAGCCUUUACAUUUUGUUCCUUAUCUUUUGUAUCGUUACGCAUUUAAGGAAAACGUAAUUGGUUAAGUAUACAAAUGUAUCUAAUUGCAAAUCACAUUCUUCUCAUCAACCAUUAACAAGUUUAACUAACAUCUACACUUCCACGUACAUAUAUUGUACAUAUGUAUAUGUAUACAUAGCAUAUCUACGCCAGUCACGAUGUAUUUGUAGCGAAUGUGAAAGAAUUAGCUGAUUUGCUGACGUUACGGGGGUUGUGCCAGCGAUUUGGCUACAGCAGAAGUCGACACACACUGAGAUUGUGUUGACGAUAUACGAAAAAAGUCAACGCAGUCAUUCCACAUGUUAACUCGCUGCCGUCUGAACAAUGGAUUACUAGAAGCGAAAUUCGUUAUCUCGUGAGAGCUCUGUGCAAAUGUGCUUUUUUGUAACUUUAGCCAGUGAUGGCACAGCCUAUGUUUAUAAACAAAAGAAAUAAUUAUAAAGAAAGUAUUGUAAUAAUUUUAAUUUAACAUAAAAAAGCUGGUGCAAAACAAACAAAAGAAUAAGUUGAAGCAGAAUAAAAAUAGAAAUAACAAUUAACAAACGAGCUUCUGGGCGCGAACACACUUAAAAAGAGAGUCAUCUAUUUUUCCAUGGUUCAGACAGAAAUGAAGUAAAUUUUUUCUAAAAUGAACAACACAAUCUCACUUUCUGGCGGUCUGACAGCUGCCAUUUGAUUUAUUAUAUAUAUAUAAUUGGCGCUUACGCCAUUUUUGGGUGUUAGGCCGAGCUCCUCCUCCUAUUUGAGACGUGCAUCUUGAUGUUGUUCCACAAAUGGAGGGACCUACAGGGGAGGGACCGAAUCCGAUCGGCAAAUAUUUUCUAUGAGGAGCUUUUUUUCAAAAAUACACUCGGGGUUUUGCCAUUGCCUGCUGGGAGCGAUCGCUAUUAGAAAAAACCUUUUCUUCCUGUUGGUAUUUCUUCCGAAUGGUAGUCACGCACCAACUCAUUCGGCUACGGCAGCCGAUUUAUUCCAGCGCAAAAGCUGAUCCCUUCAAAUUCGCUGAGAGCCGAUUAACGGCUCCAUAUUGGCAAUAUCUUUGCAUUCUGUACAUUAUAUGGUUUUUUUUAAACUGUUGUGCUCGCACCAGGUGAAAGUGUGGCGUUUGUACGAGUAUCCCCUACAAAAAGUGGGAGUGAGCCUUGUUCAGCAAUUUCUUUUUCAAAAUUCAAAAUAGUUGUACAAAACUUUAAUCGUUCUAGCUUUUUAAAUUUAAUAUAUGUACAUACAAUAUUUUAUUAUAUUACAUUAGAUAUAUAAUUUGUGUAUGUGUGUAUGGAUUUGUUUUGCUCUAUUCUCAUAUGAAUAAUGAGCCGAUAUUUUUUUCGCGAAAAGAAAACACCAUUAGUUUGCAUUGUGGAAUUUAAUGUCGCUUUCCUGAAUUAUAAUUAUUCAAUACAUUAGAUAUUAUUUUGUAAUCAUACGAGUGUUUUUUACGGGAAAGUGCGAGGUGCAGGGACUCCUCGUUCAGCGUACCGAGCAUUUGAAAGAAAAAACAGUAGGGGCUUGGUCGCCACAUAACAUUGCCGCCAACAGCAGACGUAAAGUGGUCACCAAAUCAUUUGCAACGAUUGCUCUAUUCUUCGCACUUUUGUUUAAUAUUUGUUUUUGUUAAACCAAAUUCCUUUCUUAUAAUAAGUAUAAUAAGUAAUUUCAUUUUUUAUAACAACUUGAAAAAUGUGUGGUCUAAUCCAUUAUUUUUGUGUAAAAUUUUUGUGCAUAUGGCUUAAAAAUGUUUUAUAGUCGAUGGUAUUUAGCUCCUGGCCAAUGCUACGACUGCUAACAUACCGGCCAACUUCUAUUAUUUCUGUGAUUUUAUCGAUAUUUUCUUUAGCAUCAAAAAUGCCUGAACGAAAUCGACGAAACCAAAAUUGCAUGUAAUUACCUGUUACGGUAUAGGCACCAUAAUCACCAUUCACAGUUUCUUGCAUUUUCGCUUUCAUCAAAGAAAAACUAUAAAAUGUACCAAAUUUCUCUUUAUUGACUUUCAUUGUUAACACCCUGUAAUUCGCAACUGAAUGGAACAAACAAAAAAUAGCCAAGAGAAUUUCUUUAGUGUGAAAUGUCACCUUGACAAUGAGCAUACACUUCAAAUGGUUUGAUCGAUACAUACUUUACGAGAUAUCGAUCAAUACAGCCAUCUACCGAGAAAAUAAAGGAUGUCUUUUUCCCCAAGCUAAUGUAAUAAGUAGAGAAAUUGUAAAACUACCAACACUGCCAAUCUCAUAACCUGAUAAUUAAUUCCCUGCCCUGAAUAUUCUAUAUGUCUAACGUAGUACCUAAACAUAAUUUAAGCCCUAACCUCAUCAUUGUCAUAAUUUAAAAUGCCGGUAGUAGGUUUAGUUCCCAAGAAGACGCCAGUGUUUGUUUUUCAAACUCUUUAGUUGAUUGGUUUUUCCCCACAAAUAACUAAUUUUACAUAGAAAUUUUGAGAAAUAGAAAUACGUAUCUUCCGUUAAUUCCGUGAUACCCGCAUUUUCAGCAUCUAAAACUCCUAGGCUUGGGCCUUCUUGAUCCCGGAAUUCGAAUAUUGUUUAUUUCAAUGCGAAAUCAAUUUCAAGUCUUUCUUUUAGUACUUUUUGCUUUCACUUACAAAAUACAAAUACUGUUUCAUUUAUUUUUUUUCGCGCACUAAAUCCACAUGCAGAUAUAAAAUUUAAAAAUUAUAAAUUCUUACCGACAGUAAAAAUUCCAGUGCUCUGUAGAAUUGUUUUCGUUUUUGUAAUUAAUUAUGUCAUCCAAAUUGCAAUGAACGUUAGAGCUUCCGUAUUUCAGUUAGGAUAACGCGAAUACUAUUUAUGUGCUGAAAAAUGCUCUGCCUCGGGUAUGCUAUUUUUUUUUUUUGCACCUUCCAAAGCAAUAUCAAAUAUCCGCGUAGGUUUCUGCCUUGGAAAGCUUCCAAUAAAAACCAUUUGCCGGUGCAGAACUGAAGGGACAUUCUUAAAGAAAUACCUGUUAAGCAUAGUACAUACAAUUAUUAUUAUUACUUUUAAUUUAUCAUUGUUUAAAUUAUUUGAAUGAAUUUUGAGGACAAAUAUUUGUCGACAAUAUUUACGUCUUAGGUUUUUAAAUCAGAAUUUUAACAAAACGAUGCUCAGCUGAUUUAAUUAUGCGUCUUUAUUAUUGUCUUAUUUACUUAGUUCGGAAAGAUUGCAUGUAAAAUGCACACAUACAUACAUAUGUAUAGGUAUGAAUAUAAGUAGUAUUUAUUCCAUUAUUACUUAAACAUGCCUGGCUUUAUUUUGUGUUUCUUGUUUGAAAGAAUAUGGAAUCUUUUCAUCUACAUAUUUCAUAACUAAGCACUAAAAGGUAAACAUUCAUGGGAAUAAUAUACAUACAUACAUAUGUAAUAUAAUUUAUACAUCCUCAAUCAUAUCAUUUAAGGAGAAAAAGUUACCUUCAAAUAACCUUAUUACCUACAACAUAUACACAGUGCAUGCGCACGCAUGCAAAUACUACAGUUUUACCUAAAUAUAAUCCAUUUGUCAUGUAGUUCUUCCUUAAGGUUUGUCAGAUAUCGAAUUUAUUUAUUCGAAAUUCAUAUACAUACAUACAUACCAACAUACUAUAUUAGUAAGUGUUAUGAACAUAUACAUAUGUAUAUAAUGUAUAUGUAUGCCCAUGCCAACAGCUUGCUUUUGUUUAUAGUUUUUUUUAACAUUUUCAUCUUUACCAAUUUUUGAACCAUUAGGAAUUUAUAUUUUUUUAAUUUAUGUAGCUUAAGUCCUACAAAUUACGCUAAGUAGAUAUGAAAACGUUAUUUGUACUUAUAUGAAUAUAUUUGUGAACUUUGGACAAAACUACUAUUUAACUGUAGCAGGCCACUAGGAUUUUCAUAACGUUUUAUAUACGAGUACAUAUAUAUUCAAGAAUAUAUUAGUUUGGGCGAAAAGAUAUUCAUUAUUUUCUCGGUAGAUGGCUGUAAUGAUUUAUAUCUCGUAGAGUAUCGGUCAAACAAUUUAAAGCUCGUUGUCGAGGAGGACAGUUUUUCUUUGAUGAAGGCGAAAAUGUAAGCCAGUCUGAAAUUGUGAAUGGUGUUUAUGGUGCCGAUACUGUAACAGCUCAUUGCGUGCAAUUUUAAUUUCGUCGAAUCCGUUCAGGUAUUUUUGAUGUUAAAGAAAAUGUGGAUAAUGCCGAAAACGUCAAUAAAAUAACAGAAAUAAUCGAAGUUGGCCGUAGUAGUAUUCGUAGUAGCCGUAUCAUCGCCCAGAAGCUAAAGAUCGACCAUAAAACAGUUUUAAAUCAUUUGCGCAAAAGUUUUACGUUUAAUGGAUUUAUUUUUCCCCAAACUAAUCUAUUCACAUAUGAACAUCCAUUGAUUUCUUGGAAACGUCACUAACCAUUCGAAUGAAAGCUUUCAUUUACUCAGAUGAUGUUUUACUUUUUGAGGUUAUCUUUGUGUUGUUUAAAAGCCAUGAAAUAUCAUAUUUGAGUGCCAUAUUAAAAGCAUUUCUUGCAUCUUUAAUUCAGACAUAUUUUUGAAUAGGCGUGGCGUGUAAUUUUUAAAAUAAUUUUUUUCAUUUAAUUAGUAAUUUAAAAACUUAAUAUAUGAAAUACCGUUGUAAAUACCAGAUGUAAGAUGUUAUAGCAACAUUAGCUGGAGAGGCGUGGCUCCAAACGCGAAAGCCGUCGAGCAAAACUUAGCCGCCCACCUACUUACAUACAACAUUACUACUUUAAAUAAUCCUUCUGAAACCAGCUCUUCAGUGAUUAACAGAUAUAAAAUGAGCAUAAGUUGUUUUGUUCAAAGUCCGCAGAUAUAUAUUUGUCACUACAGCCCAUUUGGACCUAGUUAUUGUAUACUAUAUGCAUUUAGAAUUGUAAUGCGGUACUCGCAAAUGAAAAACAAGUUUUUUUCUUAUUUUUAAAAUAAGUAUUAAAAUCCGUUGAAAGACUUUGUAAUAUAAAGAA